GCAUGCACCGCGUUGCACUACGCAUGACAAUCAGGCACCUGGCUCCACUGUGCUGAGUGUUGAGAGGCAAGAGGCAGUUGCCAUGGAGCCCGCCUGGCGACAGCAGGGCCGCGGGCGAGGCCGGAGUCAGGAGGCUCAGGUUGAAAGGUCACGACCCCUGCAGAAGGAGAGAGAGAGGCCAGGCACUGCUACGGGAAGAGGAGUCAGGACGAAGACGGGCUCUGCGCCUGAACCUCCGCAUGGUUUGGCUGUCCAAUCCAAGUUUGAGGAGAUCAGGAAAUCCAACCAGGCUGCUGCUCAGCGAUUGGUCGAGAGCCACUUCAGCUCCUCCUCCUCCUCUGAUGAAGACGACAACAGCAUCGAUGAUGGAGAUCACAAGGAAGGAAAGAGAGGGAAGAUCCUGGCAUCCGCCUUCACCACCUACACCGACCAGACAGGCGGGGAUGCCACUGGCCUGCAGAGGACCGGUCAGUACGUCAGCGACCUGUUUCAGUCCGGAGCGCUCACCUGUCUGAUCUGCAUCGCCUCGGUGAAGAGGACACAGGCGGUGUGGAGCUGCUCCAGCUGUUUCUCCCUCUUCCACCUGCCCUGUAUCCAGAAGUGGGCCAAAGACUCGGUCUUCCUCGUCUCCUCAGUCACUGAUGAAGACUUUGGUCAGAAGCAGCAUCCGUGGCCCUGUCCAAAGUGCCGUGCAGAGUAUCCACCCAGUGCCACCCCCAACAGGAGUCUGAGCUCCAGUUGUGGAAGGUUAUUUGGACGCCCCUGCCCUCCAUGUCCAAAGAUGGUGUCGGUGUCUUGUCUGUGUGGCAAAGCACAGCCCCUCCCCCGUCGCUGUAGCAACAAGGCCUGGUCGUGUCAGCAGCCGUGUGGAAAGUUGUUGCUCUGCAAACAGCACAAGUGUUCACAGCCGUGUCACACAGAGUGCGCGCCCUGUCCCAGAGUCAGCGUUCAGAAGUGUGUGUGCGGCAGAGAGAAGGCAGAGAGGCCCUGCGCCAGCCCCCGCUGGACCUGCCAGCAGGUGUGCGGCGCUCCGCUCUCCUGUGGGAACCACACCUGUGAGGAGGUGUGCUGCGAUGGCGACUGUCCUCCAUGUCCUCGCUCCAUCAGCAGGACGUGUCCAUGCGGAAAGACCAAGUCGUCUCUGCCGUGUACAGAGGAAGUGCAGCCAUGCGGCGACACAUGCGAUCGCCGUCUGGCAUGUUUGAAGCACACCUGUUCAAUGAGGUGUCACCGAGGGAGCUGCGAAACCUGCAGACAGGAGGUGGAGAAGGAGUGCAGGUGUGGGCGAUACAGGAAGCAGAUGCCGUGUCAUAAAGAAUACCUGUGUGACUCCAAGUGUCCCAAAACCAGGAACUGUCAGAGACACCAGUGCAGGAGGAAGUGUUGCCCCGGUAACUGUCCCCCCUGCGACCAAAGCUGCGGCCGAACCCUGGGCUGUCGGAACCACAAGUGUCCCUCAGUCUGUCACCAAGGCAGCUGUUAUCCGUGUCCAGAGUCGGUGGAGGUCCGGUGCACGUGCGGCUCGACGGUUCUUGUCGUCCCCUGUGGCCGCGAGAGGACCACCAAACCACCUCGCUGCAAGGAGGCCUGCAGGUGUCCUCCGUCCUGCCACCACCCGACCCGAGAGGCUCACCGCUGCCACCCCGGCACCUGCCCCCCCUGCAAGCAGCCCUGCCUGCUGCCGCUGCCCAGCUGCAGCCACACCUGCCCGCAGCCCUGCCACGACGUGGUGCUGGUCAAGUCCCAGCAGGUUCACUUAGCCGGACCGUGGGAGCAGCCGUCUGAGCCCGCGUUUGUCAAGAAGGCUCUGCCCUGCCCGCCAUGCCAAGUCCCCCUACCGACGGCCUGUUUUGGAGAACACGAGGUCAGCCCGGUGCCGUGUCAUCGUCAGGGUCGUUUCUCCUGCAAGCGACCCUGCGGACGACCUCUGACCUGCGGCAACCACUCCUGCAGCAGAGAGUGUCAUCUGGUUAACAGCAAUCCAUGCGAGGUGUGUGAGGAGGACUGCUCUAAGCCCCGCCCAUCCGGCUGCCCUCACUCCUGCCCCCGCCCCUGUCACCCAGGCGCCUGCCCCCCCUGCAGCCAGAUGAUCCGCCAGCGGUGCCACUGCAAGAUCAGCCUGCUCUACGUGGAGUGCACGAAGCUGACCGCAGCCGACGAGCAGACCAAGGAGGCCCUGAGCUCCUGCAACAACCAGUGUCCCAAAGAGCUGAGCUGUGGCCAUCGCUGUAAGCAGGUGUGCCAUCCAGGUGUGUGUGAGGAGACGUGUCAGCAGAAGGUGAAGCUCCGGUGUCCCUGCAAGAGAAUCAAGAAGGAGGUGCUGUGCUCGCUGUCGGCUCAGUUUGCUGUUGAGUGUGACGACAUCUGCAGAGAACAGCAGAAGAAAGUCAGCCAGCUGAAGGAGGCGGAGCAAAGAGCGGCUCAGGAGGAGGAGCAGAGGAAGCUUCAGGAGGAGCUGGAGGCGUUCGAGAAGCGGCAGCAGCGAGGAGGGCGGAGGAACAAGAAGCGGGGUAGAAGGGAGGAGGUGGACGACGAGCGCUCAAAGGCGGCAAGGUGGUGGAGGAGGUGUGCCGCCUUUGCCCUUGUCCCGCUGGGCGGCGCGCUGCUGUCUGCCGCCACCUACUACUACCUGCAGGAGUCGGCCUGAGCAGACGGCGGCGUGCAAGCUUCUGUUUCCUGCCGCCAUUCAGACGCUCGCUGCGACUCUUCCCUUGCGAACCUUGUGUUAACCGUAGCAGCAGUGGCUUUAGGUUAGGUUGGAUGGUUAGAACUUUGAACACAGCGCUGCCUCAUGUUUCAGAACAAAAGGAAGUUUCUCCUUUUUCAUUCAGUGAAAAGUUUGAUUGAUUUUUAGUCUGAAAGCAGUGAAGAAAAACGUUAGAAUAGCUGCUUUAAGUGUGACUCUGACUAAAUUGUUGUGAGAGAUGAGCUACGUGUGGUUUGUCACUCCGUCACAUAAAGUAAGACUUUGUGACCAUGGUAACAGGCAUGACUGACUACGUCUGAUCAAAACUUAUGGGAAAGUGAUUUUCCCCUCUGCUACCUACCAAAUAUCUCAAUUAUGUGAAAAAAGGUCAAAUUAUUUGGCCUGAUCCUGAUCCAGUGGUUCCCAAACUAAGCAGCACUGCAGUUUCAUAAUGUCCCAUGAGGUUCCAGUGAGCCAGUCCUUUGUUUAUUUGUCUAACAUUACAGAAAUAAACAUGUUUACAAUCUGAUAUAAAUAUAUUUUUGCGUAACACAUGUACAGAAAUGCAGUAACCAACAAGGUAAUUGAGAGUAUCAAAAACCUGAAACCUGUAAAAAUAACCUUCAGUGGAAGAAGGGGGCGGGGCUAAACAGUGUUUGUGGAGUUCCACAUGGCUCUAUCAUAGAUCCUCUACUUUUUAUUCUGGUUUAAAUUAUAUUCUUGUUAAGUAUGCUGUCUUUACCCUUUCAGCACAACUGUAAGGUUGUUGGCUCUUAUGAUGUCUCACCUGUUUAAAGGGUUGAUGUUUGCAUUAGUGGGUCGUGGUCUCUGUGGGACCUCUAGGCUGUCUUUAUGCUGUUGGAGCCUUUGGAGACUGGGUCUGUUUCGUGGUGGAGGUUUAACUGGGACAGAAAUAAAGAUUUGGGAACCACUGGGUUGGUCUAGUUUCAUCAUCAGUUUCAUGCACACUGACAUGGAGCAGUGUUAGAUCAGGCAGGCCAUGAAGUCAGCUCAUGCCUUACUGCACAUCAGUGUGCGGCGAUAUUGAAACUGCAUACAUUAGCUUCUGUGUCUAGAAGCUGCUUUGUGCCCACCUGCAGACCAGCUCCUGCUGUCCUGCUGGGUGUCUUCACUGAUGUGUGUGCAUGCCUGCAAAGAAAGCAUGCACACAUGAAACUGAGGUUGUAGUAGAGAGACUGAUGCUGCAACAACAACACAUCCUAAUGAUUCCUGUUUUCAUCCUGGUAAACCUCUAAUCAACCUUUAAUAUUCUCCAUAAUUGUUUUUUAAUGUGUUUCUAGUUCAAAAUGAAAAUAAGAGAUGAACAUUUUGACGCUUAAGUUGUAGUAAUUGAUAUCUUUGGUUCCCUUUUCCUCAUUAAUGUACCUUCAUUAUUCCCCCUAAUGUGUAAUCUUUAUGUUUGUGUAAGUUUAAAGUACAAAAUGAACAACAGGAAGUUUCUGACUGGAAAAAUCUGAAAUAAAUCUAGAGUCAUUUUUGUGAGGAAUCCAUCAGAUACUGGAACUCAACUGUCUAAUAUUCAUGCUGAAACGUUUCAAUUGUUUUGAUUUUGAUUUAAAAAUUUUCUUUCAUAUUUUU